AAGAAGGAUCGACAUGUGCUAUCUGGGGAAUAGGCGCAGUUGGGUUAGCGGCUAUUAUGGGUUGCAAGGUAGUCAAAGCAUCGAGAAUCAUUGCCAUUGACAUCAAUCCAGGAAAAGAGAAAAUUGCUCGUGAAUUUGGAGCUACGGACUUUGUGAACCCAAAGACUCUUGAAACGAGUACAGUGGAGCAUCUGAACAGCAUAACUGAUGGAGGUCUAGACUACACAUUCGAAUGUGUCGGCAACGUCAACACCAUGAGAGAAGCAUUAGAGGCAUGCCACAAGGGUUGGGGUUUAUCCACCAUUGUUGGUAUUUCUAACCCAGAACAUGAUAUCAAGAUCAUGCCAUUCCAACUGGUCACCGGACGAACCUGGCAAGGAUCAUAUUUUGGCGGUUGGAAGACUCUUGAUGACAUUCCGCGGUUGGUGGCGGAUUACAUGUCCGGCAUUCUUAAAUUGGAUGAAUUCAUCUCGCAUCAACUUCCACUGGAGAGCAUCAACAAAGGAUUUGAUCUUAUGCUGGCUAGGGACGGUUUACGUAGUGUCGUGAUCUUCUAGAAGGCGUCUCAGAAGGCUUAUUUUGUUUACAACAACUGAUUACAACAUUGGUAGCCGAACGCAUUCAUUUAAGAUAAAUCGCAAGAUACAAGAUGACAUUUAUCAGAGUACCACAGACAAACAUAGGCUACUUAAUGUAGCUUUAACCCAUUGUAAAAGAACAAUAAUUAACUUAUAUUGCUGUUACGUUUUUAACGACAAUCCGCUCGGCUCAGAUGGUCAUCGACGAUGGCCAACGGAUAGUCGACCGUCAACCUGAGUGGGUCAGUAAUUUUAUUUCAAAAUAACGUUUAUAUAAAGACGUUAUUUACAGACUGCAGGCCCUACUCAUUCAGCAUAAGACUGCACGCCAACAUCUAAAAACCAUAUCAUAUCGAGUGCAUUAAAAUUCAUUAGUUGUUUUGUUUGCAUUAUGUCUUAUCAUAUUGUUUGCCAAUUUUCCAUUUUGGUUUGAAUCAUCAUUAGCGCUUGUGAAUGGUAUGGCCAAAACCCGAGGUGUAGGCCUAUGUCUUCUUAUCAGAUAUACGGUAUUUACACUCUGGACGAUGGUGCGUAGUUAUUAAUUGUGUUGAAAAUAAAUAAAUAUAUAACGAAGUUAACUCUUCUGUGAUGUUUAUGUUUGUAUGUGUUGUUUUAAACUGAGCAUAUUGAAUAAAUCAAUCAAAGAAA